AUGGCCAUUCCUCGGUUUGCCUCAUGGGUAUACUCCACAGAAUACUCAGACUCGAAUCGAGCUAAAGGUUCAAAUACUCAUGCUACUAGGGUCCCUCCGAUCAAACCAGUUGUUGUCUCACAACCAGAGAAUCUGGAUGAUCCUAGAAAUGCCUAUCAAGGUCCUGAUUCAUUUGACGAUGUUCCAAAGGUUCCUCGGCUAGAGGAAACUCAUCAGAAAUUUAAAGCUAUUGAAGAUCGUCUAAGCAUGAUGGAAGGAGGCAAGGAUCCCCUAGACCUUGCUAAUAUGUGCUUAGUGCCAGAUUUGGUACUCCCACCAAAGUUUAAGGUUCCUGACUUCGAGAAGUACAAAGGUCUCAACUGUCCAAAAAAUCAUCUGAUUAUGUACAGCCGAAAAAUGGCUUCCUUUGCCAAUGAUGACAAGCUUAUGAUGCAUUGUUUCCAAGACAGCCUCACUGGGGCAUCACUCAAUUGGUACAUGCAGUUAGAGGGAAGUCGUAUCCGGUCAUGGAGAGAUCUAGCAAAUGCUUUCAUUAAGCAAUACCAGUACAAUAUUGACUUGGCUCCGGAUCGUGCUCAGUUGCAGAAUAUGUCUCAGAAAGAAGGUGAAUUAUUCAAAGUUUAUGCUCAACGUUGGAGAGAAUUAGCAGCGCAAGUGCGUCCUCCUCUCUCCGAAACUGAAAUGGCUGAUAUGUUCACUAACACUCUACAAGGAGCGUAUUACGAAAAGAUGGUCGGCAGUGUUUCAUCCGGUUUUGCUGAUUUGGUGAAAAUAGGGGAAAGGAUUGAAAAUGGUCUUAAGAGUGGAAAGAUCCAAGCCGCCGUGGGAAAUCAAAAUGUUUUGAAAAAGUCUACAAGUGGUUUUGUUAGGAAAAAGGAGGGAGAGGCCAAUGUUGUUACCUCAAAGAACAAUAAAUCAUACCCGGCUAUACCCGCUCACGUCCCAUACUUCCCUUUUCCAUAUUUAGCCACUGCACAACAUCAACUACCUCAAGGGUAUCCUACUCCACAGAUAGUACAAGCUCCAGCAAAUCAUGCACCACAACCGACUCAGCAGCAAGCUAGGAAGAUUUUUGAUCCAAUUCCGGUCCCAUAUAGUCAACUUCUGCCUUACCUAGUGCAUGAUGGUAUGGUGAUCCCAAGGGCUCUGAAACCCAUGACUCCUCCAUUCCCCGCAUGGUAUGAUGCUAAUUCCAAAUGUGAAUUUCAUGCGGGAACCGAAGGUCAUGCUACCGACAACUGUAGAGCGUUCAAGCACAAGGUUCAAGAACUCCUAGACAAGAAGUUGCUGACUUUCAAGGAGAAUGGGCCGAAUGUGAAAGAUAAUCCACUACCGGGACAUAAUGGUCCUUCCGUUAAUCAAGUUGAAGGUUCUGAAGAGUUGAUUAAAGAAGCAAUCAGGAUCAAGACUCCGUUGGCAGUAAUCAGGGAAACCUUGCUCAGCUUCGACCAGUUUCAAGGCAUGCAUCAUCAAUGCAAGGUCUGCGAUGAAAAUCCUAAUCAUUGUGUCAAAAUGAGGGAAUGUUUGCAAGGACUAAUGAACCAAGGUCUAGUACAGAUUGGGUAUGCCAAGAAAGAAUCUACAGUGUUAAUGCUAGAGCAACACGAGCAUGAGAAAUGCCUGAAGCCCAUAGAGAUCAUAUAUCGCAAAUUGGAAGUCCCAGUUGAGAAGCCAGAAUCUUUGGUUGUCCAUGUGCCUUCACCAUUUCCUUUCAAGAGUACUAAGGUUGUCCCUUGGAACUAUGACACGUCAGCAUACAUACAAGGAAAGCCAAUGACGAUUCCUGAUCCAGUGGUCAUCAACAUUGAUGGACUAGGAAGGAUGACAAGGAGUGGAAGGGUAUUCGCACCAGAACAACCACAAAAGAGCAUUGAAAUAACAUCUCCUCCCAAAGAUAAUGAGGCACCAACUAGUAGCGGUCAAGUCGAGUUAUCCAAGGGGAAAGAUAAGCAAGAUGAGAUGGAUGAAUUUCUCAAGAUUAUAAAGAAAAGUGAUUACAAGGUAGUGGAUCAGCUGAGUCAAACACCUUCCAAAAUUUCUAUACUCUCUUUACUAAUGAGUUCUGAAGCCCAUAGAGCAGCUUUAUUGAAGUUGCUGACUACAGCUCAUGUUAAUCAAGAUAUUACGGUGGAUCAGUUUGAUGGGGUCUGUAACAAUAUCACUGCUAGUAGAUGCUUGGGAUUUACUGAUGCUGAAUUGCCAAGUGAGGGUCCAUCUCACAACAAAGCUUUACAUAUCUCAAUGAAGUGCCAAGAUAACACUAUUGCCAGAGUCUUGGUGGAUACCGGUUCUUCUUUAAAUGUAAUGCCCAAAUCUACAUUGGAAAAGCUUGACCUAGAUGGGCCUGUUUUGAAACAAAGCAACUUGAUUGUCAAAGCUUUUGAUGGAUCUCAAAGGGGAGUGAUCGGAGAAAUAGAAUUACCUAUGUUGAUUGGCCCUCAUGUGUUCCUUAUCUCUUUUCAAGUUAUGGAUAUUAAUCCAUCAUACAGUUGCUUAUUGGGACGACCUUGGAUCCACGCUGCGGGUGCUGUUACAUCUACUCUUCAUCAGAAACUCAAGUUCAUAGUAGAGGAUAAGCUUGUGAUUGUGUCAGGUGAGGAAGAUACUUUGGUCAGUCAUCUGGGAUCAUUCAGAUAUGUUGAAACUGAUAGUGGCAUUGUGGAAACUGCAUUCCAAGCCUUGGAAAUUGCUAAUGCUAUGACCGUGAAUCCACCAAAAACUAGAGCUUUCAUAACCUCGUGGAGAAAGUUGAAAACAUCUUUAGAAGAAGGGUACCUUGGAGGAUGGGGACGAGUUUUAACUCUCCCGAGAAAGAAGGAUCGGUUGGGGUUAGGCUAUCAGCCACUCAAUAACUCAUUAAUGGAAAGUAAAGGAAUAACUUCAAGUAUUCAAGAAACUUUCCGCUAUGCUGGGUUUAGAUCCGAGAGUCAGAUCAACAUGAUCGAUGAAGUGAAGAUUGACAUCGACGCUUUAGAAGCUUCAUUGCAAGACCUGAAGAUUGGUGAUACUGAGGCGAAAGGUUCACAUACUUUGGGUACAACAUCAAAAGUAUCCAUAACAUCUCUGAAAAGUUUGAAGUUAGCCAUUGACAACAAGCUCCUUGAAAGGUGGGGAAAGGUUUUGGUCAUUCCUGUGAAGAAUGACCGUUUUGGUUUGGGUUAUCAACCAAACAGGAUCCCGAGUAUUCAAGAGACUUUCCGCUGUGCUGGGUUUAGAGAUGAAGACCAGAUAAAUAUGGUGAAUGAAGAGGCUAGCAAAGGGGAUCACAACUGGGUGUAUCCAUGUUCUGCAGAGACAAAACUUACCAAUUGGAAGACUGUUGAUGUUCCUAAGAUUGUCUUAAUUUCAAAGUAUGAACCCAUGAACAAUAAUAGCGCUGUAAUUUCUCAUGAUUUCGAACUCCCAAUUAAUCAUGCUGAAGAGGAGGAAGAAGAAGACUAUGAAUUUCCUGAGGAGCUAGCUCGAUUGUUGGAACAAGAGCAAAAGGUAAUCCAACCUCAUCAAGAACUAGUGGAUGUGAUCAAUCUGGGAAAUGAAGAGGAAAAGAAAGAAGUAAAGGUGGGUGCCUCCUUGAAACCAGAAGUAAAAGGAAAGUUGGUCAAGCUGCUUCAAGAGUAUGUAGAUGUCUUCGCAUGGUCAUAUCAGGAUAUGCCAGGAUUAGAUACAAGCAUAGUUGAGCACAAGCUUCCACUUAAACCCAAUUUCCCGCCGAUAAAGCAAAAGUUGAGAAGGACAAGACCUGACAUGGCCCUUAAGAUAAGAGAAGAGGUUAAAAAACAGUUUGAUGCUGGGUUCCUUGCAGUGGCUAAGUAUCCGGAGUGGAUAGCUAAUAUUGUGCCAGUGCCCAAAAAGGAUGGUAAAGUAAGAAUGUGUGUAGAUUAUCGGGAUUUGAAUAGAGCGAGCCCAAAAGAUGACUUCCCAUUACCUCACAUUGAUGUAUUGGUAGACAACACAGCUCGGUUCCCGAUUUUCUCAUUUAUGGAUGGCUUCUCGGGUUAUAAUCAGAUUAAAAUGUCACCCCAAGAUAUGGAGAAAACCACUUUUAUCACACCAUGGGGAACGUUCUGCUACAAGGUCAUGCCUUUCGGUUUGAAGAAUGCUGGGGCAACAUAUCAACGUGCUAUGGUUGCUCUCUUCCACAACAUGAUCCACAAAGAAAUUGAGGUGUAUGUCGAUGAUAUGAUUGCCAAAUCUCAAACGGAAGAAGAGCACAUCACAGACCUUCAAAGGUUGUUUGCAAGGUUGAGAAAGUACCAGCUGCGGUUGAAUCCCAAUAAGUGUACAUUUGGUGUUAGAUCCGGAAAGUUGCUAGGAUUCGUCGUUAGUCAAAAGGGAAUUGAAGUUGAUCCUGAUAAAGUAAAGGCAAUUCAAAAUAUGCCCGCACCAAGUACAGAAAAAGAAGUACGAGGUUUUCUAGGCAGAUUGAAUUACAUUUCAAGGUUCAUCUCUCACCUCACUGCCACAUGUGAGCCCAUCUUUAAACUUUUGAGAAAAGAUCAAGUGGUUGAAUGGAAUGAAGAAUGUCAAGGGGCUUUUGAUAAAAUCAAACAAUACCUCCAAGAACCACCGGUGUUAAUGCCACCCACUCCGGGAAGGCCUCUCAUCUUGUACUUACAUGUUUUAGAAAAAUCCAUGGGAUGUGUGCUGGGGCAACAAGACGAGACCGGUAAGAAAGAGCAUGCGAUCUACUAUCUGAGUAAAAAGUUCACAGACAUUGAAACCAGAUAUUCAAUGCUGGAGAAAACCUGUUGUGCUUUAACUUGGGCUGCUCGACGUCUAAGGCAAUACAUGAUUUGUCACACAACUAUGUUAAUUGCUAAGAUGGAUCCAAUCAAGUACAUCUUUGAAAAGCCUGCUUUGACUGGGAGAAUUGCCCGUUGGCAAAUGUUGCUAUCUGAAUAUGACAUUCAGUAUGUCGCCCAAAAAGCCAUCAAAGGAAGUGUCUUGGCAGAACAUCUGGCUCAUCAACCUGUGGAAGAUUAUCAACCCAUACGUUUUGAUUUCCCAGAUGAAGACAUCAUGGUUUUGAACGAAAAGAUCAUAGGUGACGAUGAGGGACCUGAACCAGGGGCAAGAUGGAAGCUUGUGUUUGACGGUGCAUCUAAUGCUUUAGGGCAUGGUGUGGGAGCAGUUCUGAUUUCUCCAAGAAACACUUACACACCUCUCACAGCAAGGGUGUUAUUUGACUGCACCAAUAAUAUUGCAGAAUACGAGGCGUGUGUCAUGGGACUUCAAGCAGCAAUCCAGCUAAGGAUCAAAAUCCUAGAAGUUUAUGGAGACUCGGCAUUAGUCAUCUAUCAAGUCAGAGGAGAGUGGGAAACUCGUCACCCUAAUUUAAUUCCAUAUCGGGAUUACGUUGAAGGAUUGACGGAGUAUUUUGAUGAAAUUACUUUCCACCAUAUUCCUAGAGAAGAAAAUCAACUGGCAGACGCUUUGGCUACAUUAUCAUCAAUGUACAAAGUAACUUGGCCAAAUCAUGUACCUUUGAUAGAGAUUAAUCGAUUAGAAAAGCCCGCUUAUUGCUUGACAAUUGAAGAUGAAUCUAAUGAAAAACCAUGGUAUCAUGACAUCAAGAAUUACCUCAAAAAGCAAGAGUAUCCUCCAGGUGCGACCAACGGAGAUAAGCGAACGCUGAGAAGGUUAGCAUCCGGAUUUUUCUUAGAAGGAGAGGUGUUGUACAAAAGGAAUUAUGACCUGGUUCUCCUUCGAUGUGUGGAUAGAAAAGAAGCUGAUAGGCUUAUUGAAGAAAUCCACGAGGGUUCAUUUGGUACACAUGCAAAUGGGCAUGGCAUGGCUAAAAGAAUUCUCCGAGCAGGCUAUUACUGGUUGACCAUGGAAGCGGACUGUGUAAAUCAUGUCAGGAAGUGUCACAAAUGCCAGAUAUAUGCAGAUAAGAUACAUAUGCCAUCUGCUCAUCUAAAUGUUCUAACAUCACCAUGGCCUUUUUCUAUGUGGGGCAUAGAUGUGAUAGGUAUGAUUGAGCCUAAAGCUUCUAAUGGACAUCGAUUCAUCUUGGUCGCAAUCGAUUACUUCACCAAGUGGGUAGAAGCAGCUUCGUAUGCCAAUGUAUCCCGGCAGGUUGUGGCCAAAUUCAUCAAGAAAGAGAUAAUUUGCCGUUAUGGAGUCCCUAACAAGAUUAUCACUGAUAAUGAUAGUAAUUUGAAUAAUCAUACAAUGAAGGAGUUGUGUGCCGAAUUCAAGAUCGAACAUCACAAUUCAUCCCCAUACCGACCUAAGAUGAACGGGGCUGUAGAAGCUGCUAAUAAGAACAUUAAAAAGAUCAUUCAAAAGAUGGUGGAAACAUACAAAGAUUGGAAUGAGAUGCUUCCUUUUGCACUUCAUGGUUACCGAACAGCAGUUCGCACUUCAACAGGGGCAACUCAUUUUUCGUUGGUUUACGGCAUGGAAGCGAUACUCCCAGUAGAGGUUGAGAUUCCUUCAUUAAGGGUUUUGAUGGAGACUAAACUUGAAGAAGCAGAAUGGGUCCAGACCCGGAUCGACCAACUUAAUCUAAUUGAAGAGAAGAGAAUGACAGCUUUAUGCCAUGGUCAGUUGUACCAACAGAGGUUCAAAAGGGCAUAUGAUAAGAAAGUUCGUCCAAGACAAUUCAAGGAGGGUGAUCUGGUGCUAAAAGUCAUACUUCCUAUUCAUAAAGAUACACGCGGAAAAUGGACCCCAAAUUAUGAAGGCCCCUAUGUUGUGAAGAAAGCUUUCUCAGGUGGAGCUUUGAUUUUGACAACUAUGGACGGAGAAGAGUUCUCACUUCCCGUGAACUCGGAUGCAGUCAAGAAGUAUUAUGCCUAAAAAAAAUAAAAAAAAUGAAUGAACAGCUCGCUAAGUCGAAAACCUGAAAAGGCGGCUUAGGCAAUAGAGAGCGUCCUGGUGGACUGAAAACCUGAAAGGGCGGUCCAGGCAAAAAUUAGGGACACCAAAAAAGGAAAAUAAGUUCAUAAAAAUAGGCGUAAGACUGCAACACUUGACUUAACAUGAAAGCGAAACCUCAAAAGGAAAAGAUCGGCCCAAUCUCUAUUCCCUAAAAAGCAACUAUUGCUGGUUUCGAGAUCAUGAGGAAAGACGCCAUUAUUAUAGUUCAGUGAGAAUUCAUUUUUUUUCA